AUGGCUACACAACCCGCCGCCGUCGACGACUUUGGCCUGCCCAUCAGGCGGUUUCCCACCCCCGAGAUCGAUGCACCUGCCGACCAAGAUACCCAAGAGAAGAUCGACUCCAAAGUAGAACCAAACCCCGCCAGUGGCAAGGAGCCGGAACCCACUGGCGAGAAGCCGCCUGUUGCCGCGGAUUCUCAGGCCACGAAACGGGACGACGAUGACGAGGCGUUCGAGGAUGCCCACUCCGAGCCGCAAUCGACGCCCCGUUCUCCUUCCCCGUCAAAGCAAUCCGUUACACAAGAGCCGGCCAAACCGGAAGCCGUCAAGUCGGAAGACACCAUACCGGAAGACACCAAAGUAAAAGAUGUCAAGCCGGAAGACACCAAGCCAGCGGCCACCACGCCUGAGGUGAAGCCCGAGCCGUCCAAGCACGAGACCACCGACCCCGGCUCCCCGGUAGCGACGGAACCUUCAAAGCUACCACUCGAUACGCCCUCGCCAAAACAGAAGACCGAUUCCGAAGCUCCCGUCGAGAUUGAACAGCCUGUGCAGUCCAGUGAGCCGAAAUCAACCUCGGACACGCGGGCCAAUGCCUCACAUAAGCGUGAUAUCAGCGAUGUGGUUGUCGACUCUCGAGCAGGCGUUUCCGAGUACUCUCACCAACGGUUUUCAAUCCAAGAACCCAAGCAGGAGGAGAAGAAAGAGGAUGAUUGGCAGGAGAUGCCUGCAUACGCCAGAUAUGAUAUGUACGACGAUGACGACCGGCUGGUUGCCAAAGAGUUCAACGCCGACGAAGAGGAAACGUACGGGUACGCCGGCCUGGGCGGAGCGGGCAAGGGCUAUACCCGUGUGCUUCUAGAUGAUGAUGCCGAAUCCGCAACAAGCAUGGACGAAAAUACAAAUUAUCUAUUCAAGCAGACUAAUGGAACAAGUGCGGUCGAGGAUGACGAAGGGAGAGACGCCGUAUCCCAGAUGCAGGCCACCAAGGAUCUUCUCACGGAAGGUCAGAGAAUCGCCUACGUCGGCGUCGUACGCUUAGAAAUUGCAAACAUGGUUAAUGAUGAGGAAAAGUUGGAAAAGACGAGGAGUACCAAGAAGGCCACCGGCAUAGCUGCCGAGGCCAUGAAGAUGUGGGGACAGAAGAUGAUGAUCCGGUUGUACACUCACAUGGACAUCAGCGCGGCCGAGCAGAUCAUGAUCGAGCAACUCGCCGAACACGGCGUCAUUCCUGCGGAUCUCACGCCCGCUCUGACCAUGAACUCACGGGUCCACAACCCCAUGGCCGAAGACAAGUCAUCCAACCGAUCAUCCAUGUCAAGCCCCGGACUACAAAGCCCAAGGGGGGAGCAGGCUGCCCAACCACCGCCACCGUACGAGGCUCCUGAUGGAGAGGAAUUACCCGAUGUCAAGACUCCUUCCCAGCUGCCCACAACAGAGAAAAUUGAUAUUGACCUGAGAUGGACAAUUCUCUGCGAUCUCUUCCUUGUCUUGAUUGCGGAUUCCAUCUAUGACUCGCGGUCCCGGGUUCUCCUUGAACGAGCGGGCAAGAGCCUCGAUAUCUCCUGGAUCGAUAUUUGCCGCUUCGAGAAGAAGGUUACGGACGCACUAGAGAUGCAGCAAGCUGCUGAAAAGGAGAACUGGAACGAGGACGAACACAUGGAAAUCCGAAGAAAGGAGGCACUGAAAAGACGAUAUGUCAUGAUGGGUCUGGCCACGGUGGGUGGUGGUCUUGUCAUUGGACUCUCCGCUGGUCUCCUCGCCCCAGUCAUUGGUGCUGGCUUGGCCACUGGAUUGACGGCAAUUGGCGUAACCGGCACCAGCAGUUUCUUGGGCGGAGUUGGUGGUGCCGCCAUCAUCACGUCAGGCGCUGCGGCGUCUGGAAGUAUCAUCGGAGGCAAGGCGGCCGACCGACGAACGGGCGCGGUCAAGACAUUUGAGUACCGACCGCUCCACAACAACAAGCGUGUCAACUUGAUUGUCACCAUUUCCGGAUGGUUGACGGGCAAUGUGGAUGACGUCCGCUUGCCGUUCAGUACAGUAGACCCGAUCAUGGGAGACAUAUACUCAGUGCUAUGGGAGCCAGAGAUGCUGCGAAGCAUCGGUGACACUAUGAAUAUCUUGGCCACCGAGGCUCUCACUCAAGGUCUUCAACAAGUCCUGGCUUCUACAAUUCUGGCUGGUCUCAUGUCAGCCCUUCAGCUGCCAAUAAUCCUGACUAAACUCUCCUACCUCAUCGACAACCCGUGGGCUGUCUCCCUCGACCGAGCCUGGGCGGCAGGCAAGAUUCUGGCCGACUCGUUGAUUGAGCGGAACCUAGGCACCAGGCCGAUUACAUUGGUCGGCUACUCUAUCGGGGCGAGAGUCAUCUUCUCUUGCCUCUUGGAGCUGUGCAAGAAGAGCGCCUUUGGAAUUGUCCAGAACGUCUACAUGUUUGGAUCCCCAAUUGUGGUGAAGAAGGACGAGUAUCUCAAGGCCAGAACGGUGGUAUCCGGCCGCUUUUUGAAUGCCUACAACCGCAAUGACUGGAUUCUUGGAUAUCUUUUCCGGUUGACCAAUGGAGGUAUCCGCCGAAUCGCGGGAUUAGCCGCGGCGGAGGGUUGUCCAUUUGUUGAGAAUAUGGAUGUGACAGACAUGGUGGUGGGCCACAUGGACUACCGAACUCAAAUGCCAUCUCUGCUUAUGAAGUGCGGAUGGUCUGUGGACAGCGAGGAAUUUGCUGAGAUUGAGGACCCAGACCCGGACAACCAUGGCGAGCGACAGCGUGAACUCAUCAACGAGAUUGAGGAGGCACGCAAGCAACUCGAAAAGGAGGGUAACGCCGCUACUAAGGGUAGCCGGUUUAGCAUAUUUGGUCGCCGAAAGAAGUUGGAGAAACAAGACUGGGAGAUCUACGAAGACACGCUGGGCAAGGGCGGUAAGACCGACGGCAAGGCGGAUGGCAAGGCCGGCGAGAAUGAGAAGGUCGAGAGCAGCAACCACGGCGUACUCUUCGACGUCGAUGCGAUUCGGGCGGAGAUUUCCAAGGAUAACAGAUACGACGAAGACCCAGCGGAGUUGCAAGUAAAGGAAAUCAAGUCAACUCUACCACCGAUGAAGCUGGAUUUAUCGCCAUCGCCAUCGCCAUCCGCAUUUGCUUCUCGGAGCGGGGAAAAUUUGGCGGCGCGAGAGUCAUACGAAACGAGGAUCUCGCGCGAGCCAUCGCCGAGUUACACUGGGCACCGGGCGCCUGUAUACCCUGAGGAGCGGUACGAGGAUGAUAUCCAGAUGACGUUUGACACGUCAUUUGAUGACUCGCCACGACGACCCGCAGUGCCUCCGAAGGAUACGAAUGAACUGGUACCGCCGCCGAGUCGACCCGAAUUCAAGCCAUCGCAGACGAUGCCCGCCAUGACUCUACACGAUCCGUGGGGCGAUCCCGACGACGCCGAGUUUGGUAAAGAGAAGGAGAUCUCGAUGACAUUUGCAUGA